AUGAACAGUAACAAAAGGAGCAGCAAAAUGGAUUUUAAGGAAAUUCUGGAUAUUUUUGAAGUUGCACAUGCUUUGGGUAGUAGUUCUUUUUCGGAGAAUGCUGAAUAUUCCUCAGACCAAGAUGUGGAAGACACUGACAAUCCGUACUACGGAAACAACUUUGAUGCUGAAACAGCUGUAGAUUGUACGGAUGACUUAGAGAAAAUAAAUAUGAAGGAAACCAGUUCGGAUCAACUUAUGAGGUACCAUUUUCCUGAUCGUAGAGUUGCAUUUAUGUUUUACAAUUGCUAUGGUCGUUUCCAUGGAUUUGCCGGUAGAAAAAGUCGAGUUGUUAAGAAUACUAAUGGCGAAGUUGUUCAACAAACCUUUGUUUGCCAUAGAGAAGGUAUUAGGAAUGCAAAUAAUGCUUUGUCUCGUAAGAGAGAGCAAAAACCUACUAGUAGGUGUCGUUGUCCAGCAAAACUUCAAGUGCAUUUGGACUUGGGUAGUGAACGUUGGUACAUAAAGUUGUUUGAUGAUAUUCAUAAUCAUUCGUUCUUGGAUGAGAAGUACGAGGGUAUGCUACCAGCACACAGGAAGAUGAGCAAUUACGACAAAUACCAAAUGAAAACAAUGAGGAAAGCUGGCAUUCCAACAUCAGGUAUUUAUGGGUUUUUUGCUACACAGGCUGGUGGAUAUGAAAAUUUGGGUUAUUCAAGAAGAGAGAUGUACAAUGAACAAUUCAAGCACAGGGGAAGAAAGAGUUCUGAUGCAGAGGAUGCAAUUGAUUUCAUUAAGGAUAUGUGUGUUAGGGAUGAUAUGAUGUAUUGCAUACCAUUUAUAUUUAUGGGUUUUCUGACGGAAACAGCAUUACACCUUACUAUUAUAAAAAAAUGUACAAAAGAACACUUUACACCUUACCAUUUUUUGCUUCAGACUUUAAGUGAAAUUUUCCGCCACUAA